UGAUAUAACGCGGAACAAGCCCCGUUAGUAUGCUCCUGUUCCGGAAGAGUCUGGUUCCCAUGGUAACAAUGUUACGUAGGACGCCAUGUUUUACGCGCUGGUGACCGGAAGCGGAAGUGGCUGAUAUGGCUUGAGUUUUUAGUAAGAAGAGACAAUGGUGCGUCAACGAAAAUGCAUCUUGUGCGAAAUUGUAUACAGUUCCAAAAAGGAAAUGGAUGAACACAUGCGUAGCAUGCUUCAUCACAGGGAGCUGGAGAACUUACAGGGCAGAGACUGCAACCAUGAAUGCCGGGUCUGCAGGGUGACUGUGGUGGGCCUCUCAACAUAUGCCAAGCACAUCUCAAGUCAGCUACAUAAAGAUAAUGUUGAAGCCCUGGAAAAGGAAGAAGAGAAGGAGGAGGCUGAGGAAGAAUACUUUGACAAGGAACUUGUCCAGUUGAUUAAUAAAAGGAAGGAGCAAAGCCGGCAAGAGGAGACCCGUUACUCCUCCAAAGAUGAUGAAGCUGAUAAUUAUCAGAGGAGGAGAGAAGACCGUCUUCCAUUUCAAGAGGCAGGCCAACAAGAGUGGCUCCGAGAUCCAUCAGAUCGGAAUUGGCAGUGGCAAAAUGACUGCUUCAGUAAAUCAAGACAGAGUUUUAUACAUCCUGCUUUAAAUCACAAGUCUAAUAGACAUCUCAGUAAUCCAAAUGGGAGAUCUGGUUGGCAUAUAAACAGUCCUUCAAAUCGACAUUUAAUCCAUGUUAAUGUUGGAGGCACUUGGCACUCAAAUGCAGGGGGGGCAACCAGCUGGCACCAAAGAAGCACAAGUAGAAAUUUUCAUUGGCCUCAAGAAGGCAGUGAAAAUUUUUCCAACCAGCAUCCUAGAAACUGUGGUGGAAAUCGGCAAUCUAAUUCAUAUAAUGGUAACCAGUGGAAAUUUGGUAAUACCGAUGCGUUUCCUCAAGGAAGAAACAGACCAUCAAGACACAGCGACACUGUUCAGGAAAAUGAUCCAAGGUGGAAUACAAAAAACUGUGCAUCCAGCUCUUUCUGUAAAGAAAGAUUUAAAUGGAAAAAUGUUGAUAGUAAAACCAGCAGUAGCACACCUAUCCCUAACUCAAGUGUAAAACCUUCAAACAAUACAGAAAGCUCAUCCAGUUCUAAAGUGAACAGUUCAAAAAAUAAAAAUAGCUUACCAAAUUCUAAUGUGACCUCUUCAAAAGCUACUGAGGACUUUACAAGUAAUAAACAUAUUGCAGACAAGUUCUUGGGGUUUAAAAUUUCAGAGAAUUUAGAUGUUUCAUCCAAAACAAAACCUACACAAUGCUCUGAGAAGAGCAUUAACCCAUUAAGAGAGAAACCCCAUCGAUGGUCUCCUUAUCCAUCACAAAAAGUCUCUGAGAUUCAACAAACAACUCCACAAUCUGUUGACAAAGAUCUAGCUGAUCAGUCAGACAAGACCAAAGAGACCGAAAGUGGAGAUCCGAAGAAAGACCAAAUAUUGGGAGACAAAAAUGUUCCAGAAUUUUCUCCUGAACCGUCAGAUGGAAAGAAAACUCACCACAGUGAAUCAACUUGCUACCGCAUGCCUUCGCUAAAAUCCCCCCUAUGUAACAUAUCUGAUGUAAAAGUUUUAACUUUAAAAAGAGAUCAGAAAAACCCUUUAAAAGGCGUAAAACUGAACUCUUCAACUACAUUUGGGGAGAGACAGAAUCGAUUAAGUGCUCUUAAUUUAGAAACAAUUCGGUCAAAUUCUUACAUAUCCAAGUUGCGAAGUGCAUCCAAAAAGACAAAUCAAGAGCCCCAAGAUGGCGGCAAGAAAGAACCAGUCGAAACUCUUAGUGAGGUACUGCGCAAGGCCAAGGAAAUGCUUCGUAGUAGCCAGGCAAUUCAGAGUCCAUACGUGCAGUCUCUUAGUAAUUCCCCCAACCAUGACAACAGCACAAGAUCUGAGGCGUCUAACAAUUCCCUUCAGACUGGUAUUUCCUUUGAUGAUACCUUAGAAGAUGUGAGCGACGAUGACUUUUUCUGUUCUGAGGAAAAAAUGGCUACUGCGGAGGAGUCCAACAGCUGUUAUACAAACCAGGAGAGGGUCGAAGACUUAAAAACCACUGAAAACACUCCAUCUAUUACUAGUUUUGUCCAAUUCACAGACACAGCUGCCAAUUCACAAAGCAACUCUGAGUCUCUUGACUGUGAAAAUGACCAGAAUUCUCACCCUUGUCAAGACUAUCACGAUACUGACACUUUAGAAAAUGUUGCCGAUCUUGAAUUACAAAAAGAGGCUACACAUUUGACCAAUACAAUCUUACCAGAACUAAGCAAGCUGGGGCUUCCUGUUUCCCUACAGAGAGAUCUAACUAGACACAUAAGUUCACGAAGCAAAGCUGGAUCACAUCUCCCUGAGCCCAACCUUAACAGUGCCCGACGCAUCAGAAAUGUGAGUGGUCACCGCAAAAGUGAGACUGACAAGGAUUCAGGUCUGAAACCAACCCUAAGGCAAAUUCUGAAUGCUUCGAGAAGGAAUAUAAAUUGGGAGCAGGUCAUCCAGCAUGUGACCAAGAAGAAGCAGGAACUAGGCAAGGGUUUGCCCAGAUUUGGUAUAGAAAUGGUAGCACAGGUUCAAAGUGAACAGGAAGGUCUUGACUUUGAUGAAGAAUCAGACUUGGGAAUUGAAAGUUACCAUUGGGAAGCCAUCACUGCAAGUCCACUGGGCUCAUCACGGAAGCGGAGCCUCUCUGAAAGCAGUGUUAUUGUGGAAAAGGCCUCUGUUUUUGACAUUAUUAACAACCAUAGCACAGAGUCAUCAUGUGGGGGACAAAACAGUACAACUCUGCACAUAACACAAGCCGCAAGUGGACAAGAAGUGUCUUCUUCUAAUGUCAAACAUCCCAAAGGUCAGAAAGAUGAGCGAGGCCUUCUUGUGAGAUCUUCCUCUGCAGCUGACAUGACAGAUCUUUCUAACCCAGCAUUUUCUGAAACCUCACAAAGUCAGAGGAGCAACGUGGAUACCUGUGCAGCCUCAGACAGCUUGCGCAUGUGUCAGAGCGCUAGUGAAGAUGUGGUUCUCAGUGCUGCUCAAUGUAUAGAAGCCAAUAAUGCUGAUGGAGCUACUGAUAGCUGUACAUCUAGCACUGAACAAUAUGAUGGUCCUGGAGUUGGAAAGAAAAGAAGGGCCACUGGGGAUGGUUCCUGCCCUGAAGCCUCAAACCUUGAAAGAAACAAUAAAAGAAGAAAACUACGUGGAAGGAAAGAGCGUUCCCAAGUGGAUCAGCUGUUAAACAUCUCCAUAAGAGAAGAAGAGCUAAGCAAUUCACUCCAGGGAGUCGACAGCAGCCUUCUACAAGCCCGCGCUUCUCUGCAAGCUGCUUACAUGGAAGUUCAGCGUCUGAUGGUGUUAAAACAGCAGAUAUCAAUGGAGAUGAGCGCCAUGAGGACACAGAGAAUUCAGAUUUUACAAGGAUUACAAGAAACCUAUGAACCCACCAAUGAUGGGAAAGAGGGAUCAAACAGCGAACUACAGACACCAGUCUUGUCUCCAGGAAAUGUAUUUCCUUUUUUCUUGGAGACUCCAGCUUUUCGGUUGUCUCCACACCCAGAAUCAGAUAUCCCCAUCCUGCCACCUUCUGUCCCCGUGUGCACUUCACCAACUGUCCCUGCUGUUCCUGAUUCCUCUAUUAUGAUUAAACAAGAACCACUUUCGCCUAUAAUAGUGGAGGACAAUGUUAUUGCACCACAGCUGCUGCCGCUACCACCAUCGGCCCAAGCACAGUCCACCCCUCCGCCACAGACGAACGGUGAACAUGAUCAAAAUACAUCCUCUCUGUAUCCAAUCAUUACAGCUACCAUGUCUCUUGCAGAGUUAACCAGCAAAUUUCCAGCUGUUGCUAAAACUAGUGUAUCUGUUGCUACAUCACCACUAGUAUAUGGCUCCCAAAAAACAGACUCUGACAGUACAGAAAAUCAUCCUGCUCCUGUUCAGAGUCCCCAACAAGGUCAAGUUCUAACAACCAAUAUAUCGACACAAGAGACCACUUGUUCAACAGGCCCUGCAGAGAAUGGAGAGUCAACUCUUAUUACCAUUGAAACAAAAUCAGGGAAAAAAAAGAAAAAGUUGCGCAAGAAGAAAACCUUAAGAGCUGCGCAUAUACCUGAAAAUAGUGACACUGAGCAGGACAUUGACAGUAAGCCAGUGAGAAAGGUCAAGUGUAGAAGACUGUCUAAGGAAACAACAGUAAGUACUUCUACUUCUCUGGAACAGGAGGGUGACACUGCAUCGCAGGAAGCAGAGUUGAAUAGAGUGGGCAAUUACAGUGAUUCCAACAUUGAAGUGAUGGAAAUAAAAAAUCCUCGGUUCGAGGUGGUGGAGAUAGACUCUCAUUCUGAUGAUGAAAAACCAGACAGUCCAUGUAAAAAUGACCUUGCAGAUUUUGUGUGCUCAAGCCAGGGGCAUAUCGAAACACAUGAUGAGGUUACCUCUACCAGUGAACUGGGCACGAACUAUUCAGAAGAAAUCCUAAGAAAGGCUAAAACUUGCAGAGACUCCAGUAAUGCGGUAAAGAUUUCAGCAGAAGUGUCAUCAGAACCCGGUGAAGAAGACCAACCUACAGAAGGCAGCUUUGAAGGACAUCAAGCAUCUGUUAAUGCCCUUCAGAUCUUUGAUGGCACACUGUACACAUGUUCUGCAGACAAAUCAGUGCGAGCUUACAACCUUGUGACCCGGAAAUGUGAAGGUGUUUUUGAAGGACAUACAUCAAAAGUCAAUUGCCUCCUCGUCACUCAGCCACAUGGGAGGAAUGCUAUGCUGUAUACUGGAUCUAGUGACCACACAGUCCGAUGCUUUUCUAUAAAGUCCCGAGAAUGUAUUGGAACCUUAGAUCUUGAAGAACGAGUCCUGUGUCUGCAUGUCAGAUGGAAAAUCCUCUAUGUGGGACUUGCCAAUGGAACAGUAGUCACAUUCUCCAUUAAGAACAACAAGCCCAUUGAUGUGUUUGAGUGCCACGGUCCUCGGGCAGUUAGCUGCUUGGCAACAGCUCAGGAGGGAGCUCGAAGAUUACUGCUCGUCGGUUCCUAUGAUUGUACGAUCAGCGUUCGAGAUGCCAAUAAUGGCCUCCUGCUUCGCACUUUAGAGGGUCACACUAAAACAGUCCUUUGCAUGAAGGUUGUCAACGACUUGGUGUUCAGUGGUUCAAGCGAUCAGUCUGUCCAUGCUCAUAACAUUCAUACAGGGGAACUGGUGCGAAUUUAUAAAGGACACAAUCAUGCCGUCACUGUAGUUAAUAUCUUGGGGAAAGUCAUGGUGACAGCCUGCUUGGAUAAAUUUGUUCGUGUUUAUGAGUUGCAGUCACAUGACCGGUUACAAGUCUACGGAGGACAUUCAGAUAUGAUCAUGUGUAUGACAAUCCACAAAAGUAUGAUCUACACAGGCUGCUAUGACGGAAGUGUCCAAGCCGUGCGUUUGAACUUGAUCCAGAAUUACCGCUGCUGGUGGCACGGAUGCUCACUUAAUUUUGGUGUUGCCGAACAUCUGAAACAACAUCUACUGACAGAUCACACAAAUCCAAACUUCCAAACGCUGAAGUGCAGGUGGAAAAAUUGUGAUGCAUUCUUCACAGCCCGGAGAGGUUCCAAACAGGAUGCUAUUGGACACAUUGAACGUCAUGCUCAAGAAGACAGUCUAAUCAACAUGUAAAGAAGCACUCUACCUCCCAUAUUGGGAAGAUCCUUUCUUAGCAACAUUGAGAAAAUUUUUACAACUGUGAACGUCUUGGCCUUCCUGCACGUUACACCCUGAAACUAGCUGGAAGAUGUAAUGUGCAGUGAAGUGUCUUCUCUCCUUAUUGUCAGUGACCGCACACAAAGCGACAGCCGAAACGGCUCCUAUGUCUAUGGUCCUUGUCACUCUUAUGUCCGGCGUCCUUGUUCUUUAUUUUACAUUGCUUAUUUAUUUGGUCUUACGGAACAAGAAAAACGUUUUAACUGUUCAAAGUAUAUGUUUUUCCGUUUCUCAUGGGCACAGCAUGAAGAGACGCACCAUAGCUUUGUUAUUCCACUUUCAUUCUUAAAAUUCCACUUUUACAUUUUUAUAGUUGAUCCUUCUCAUGUUUUUAAUUUCACUGACAAAUCUCAUCAGUUCAGUUCUGCAGGUAAAUUUACUCAUAGAAAUCCAAGUUAACAGAUAUUUUUUUUCCCCCUCUUUUUUAACACUUAAAGGGGAA